UUGAAAGGAAAACACACGGCGAUAUCAGAAAACACCGCAUUUGUUAAAUCGCUACUGUUAAUCAUAUUUUGCUGUCAAAUGUUUUUAAUUGACAUUUUUUGAUUAUCGCUAUUGGCCAGUGUAGAGAUUUGUGCAAAAGUUGUUUAUAAUUGGUAAUCGCAUGCUACCUGGCAUAAUAAUAUAGUGGCUUGUGUAGUGAUUGAUGGUAGCAAAGGUACGCUAAACGCAGACCAAAAUUUCUGUGCAUUGGCUUAUGUGUGUAAUAAUUGCCCUUAAAGUUCUCAUUAUUGUGUGCGUGCAGAAACAUUGAUAUUUCAAGUGCCGGUGCGAUGCGUAAAACUCGUUCUCAAACUCAGGCGGAGGCCGCAAUGGCAAAUGCGGGACGUACGACUUCCACAUCCAAUUCACCAUCCAUUGUUUCAUCGACGGAGAACAGUGGAGCGCAAAACAUGAGCACGAGUAAUCGCAUGCCUCAAAAUAUCCAGAUUGCUGCCGUAAGUGCACAAAAGCGAAUUGUGCAACAAACGGAGCAUUUCAAAAUCAAGGAAUGUGAGGAAAUGAUAAAUUUGCUUCGCGUAGUAGAGCUGCAACAGAUACUAUCAUUUUUGAAUAUUUCGUUUGCUGGUCGUAAAAUUGACUUACAACGGCGCAUCAUUAAUCUAUUACAUACAAACUACGACUUAUUGUCUCAUAAAAUACGUGAAGUUUACACACAAUCAAUUGCGGAGCAGCAAGCUCAGCAGUACGGGCCAACAGAUCCAAAAAGGAUGUAUUCACACAUGCAAAUGCCACAAGUGCAGCCCAAUCCAGCAGCUGGUCUGCCUAAUGCCGGUCAACCAACAGCUGUUGGUGCCCAACCAAUCGCCGGUGUGCCGCCGACUGGGCCCGGCGUUGCCAACAAUAUGGUACCGUUUAUGAAUCCCAUACCCACACAUAUACCGAUACAUCCAGACGUACGUCUUAAGAAACUAGCUUUUUAUGAUGUACUGGGUGUGCUGAUUAAGCCUUCAUCACUUGUGCCGCGCAAUACACAGCGUAUACAAGAGGUGCCCUUCUACUUUACAUUGACACCACAACAGGCCACAGAGAUUGCAUCAAAUCGUGACAUACGAAACAGUAAUAAGAUUGAGCAUGCCAUACAGGUUCAGCUACGAUUCUGUUUAUUAGAAACGUCAUGCGAACAAGAGGACUGUUUCCCGCCCAGUGUCAGUGUAAAGGUCAACAAUAAGUUGUGUCAACUGCCGAAUGUCAUUCCAACAAACAGACCGAAUGUGGAACCAAAACGACCACCACGCCCCGUCAAUGUCACAGCAAAUGUAAAGCUUUCGCCUACGGUUACCAACACAAUCACAGUACAAUGGUGCCCGGAUUAUACGCGUGGCUAUUGCAUUGCCGUAUACUUGGUGAAGAAGCUAACUUCAGCGCAAUUAUUGCAUCGCAUGAAGACCAAGGGCGUUAAACCAGCCGACUACACGCGCGGUUUAAUUAAAGAGAAACUCACUGAAGAUGCAGAUUGCGAAAUCGCUACAACAAUGCUUAAAGUUUCGCUGAAUUGUCCGUUGGGCAAGAUGAAAAUGUCCAUACCAUGCCGUGCAUCGACUUGCUCGCAUUUACAAUGUUUUGAUGCUAGUCUUUACCUGCAGAUGAACGAGCGUAAGCCUACAUGGAAUUGUCCAGUGUGCGACAAGGCAGCCAUUUACGAUAAUCUGGUCAUUGAUGGCUACUUUCAAGAGGUGCUCGCCUCAUCGCUACUUAAACCAGACGAUACGGAGAUACAAUUACAUAAAGACGGCUCAUGGAGCACACAUAGUUUACGUAAUGAGGCUCAAAUAAUCGAUACGCCGACAAAGCCGGUUGAAAAAGUCGAAGUCAUUUCGGAUGAUAUCGAAGUCAUUACCACAGAGGAUGUGAAAAUGGUUAAAGCUGGCGCACCACCUGCCAUUGCUAAUGACCAGCCCACAUCAACGACAAACAGUGAAACGGUGGAUUUAACACUCAGCGAUUCCGAUGAUGAUAUGCCGCUGGCCAAGCGGCGUCCCACCAUUAAGCAAACUUCUGCCGCUAGCGCUACAAAUUCGGCGGUGUCCACAUCUAACAUUAACGGCAGCGGCAAUGGCAAUGCUGCUGGUAACGGCGGACCCAAUGCCAGUCAGCGUAAUGCUUUUCAACCGCCACGAACUGCACAACAAAAGGAAAUGGUAGAGGAGAAUGAACAAAAUUUUCAAUGUUUGGAACUUACCGAUUCGUCGCCCCGUAUACAUAGCGUCGAUACCAGAACCGAGCUGUACAGCGAUGCACUGACUCAACAACAACAACAAUACUACGCACACGAACACCGCCAACAGCAACAACAACAACAGCAAAUGCAAAGUAAUCGCCGCGGCAGCAGUGUAAGUAGCGGCGCAAGUGUAUCCUCUAAUUCGGCUGCCACAUCAACACCAACCACGAACGCUAUGGAGUCCACAUCGGCUGCACCCAACGAGCCAGAACCGUAAAUUCCGUACGGAUGUUGAGUUAAAUAGUUGGUAUUCCAAAUACAUACUUUGUAUGUUUCUGCAUGAGCUGUAUUUAUAUGUACAUAUUCUUAUGUAUAUUGUAUGUAAAUGCAGAAAGUUGUUGUAGCAAAUGGUGGGUGAACUUGCACGAUAUUUUUCCUUUGAAUAUUGUAAAAAAAAGCUACCAGAUAAUUCCAAUUUUAGACUAUAUACUUUCUGAGUCGUGUAACCGAUUUUAAUUUGGUAACUGUCUUGGGGGAAAACUAUUUCAGUAAAAUUUUUUUUAAUCAAUUUUAAAACUCAAGUUAUCUUUAGAACGAAGUAUUUUUUGUGGAGCCAUGUUUUCGCUCGGACACCACUUACAUCAGCUUAUGGUAAAAAUCCUCGAUUUCAUGAAACAUUGUUCGGUAAAAAAUUUUUACAUACCAAAUCAUGCAAUUUCCCAACAUUUCUAUAUAAUCUUUACUGCUGACUUUCGAAGUUUUGUGGUGGGAAUGUCUGAAAUUUACCAGACUGGUCCUGAAAUCAAGAGGCUUUCACCAAAAAUCAAUCAAAAAUAAUGAAAAAUUGUUUUUCAUUUUAACAGUUAGUAUCGUUGGUGUUGUAGCGGCAGAAUUCUGUAUCGUCGAUAUGAACUGUUGAAAGUUUCAUGUUGGUUGUCUUUCAAGAAAUCACUCCAAAAUAAAAUUUUAUCUUUUUAUGCCACAAAUUGCUUCAAUUGUGGGUAAAAUUUAAAAAAAAUUAAACUUGCCUAAAAUUUAUCCUCUUUCUUAUUACUCUUAUCUUGUGUAAACUCUUUUCUAUGAGAUUUUAAAGUUUUAACUUAACUAAAUAGUUGCGUAUGAUUCACAGAAAACUUUAUAGAUAAUUUAAUUGUAAAAGAAUGCAGUAGGAAUAAGACACAAAAUAGUAAACUUUUAACUCAAACUCAAAAAAAAAAACAAUACAAACUAUAGUUUAGGAUGUUAUGUAACUUAUAAGUAAUGCAAAAAUUAUUUUAAGACACAAAUAUUUAACAUAUUAGGCCUAAAACAAAGUGGAUCAAAGCACAGCAUUAAGAGAAAAAAGGACACGUAGCAAGCAAGCACGCUUUUAGGCGUGUUGCUCUAUUCACUGUUGAUCUUUCGCCGCGCUAUGUUUAAGACCUCAAAUUCUGGUAGAUUGAGAGAUGCCGUUUAGGCUAUGCUUUCGAACUUUAGUUAUGUUAUGUUAGAAAUAGGUGCCGUUAUAAUUGCUAAAAAGCAAAUUUUAUUAAAGGCGCCUAAAAAUACGCAGCUGAAAGUGGCGUAAACUCCUAAAUGUAUGCAAUAUAAUUAGACAUUGUUUUCACAUACUCAUUUCACCACAAUUUUCAUUAUAUUUUAUUUUGAUUAUUUGUUCGCCGUUACAUUUAUUAUUCACAGUUAUAUUAUAAUCAGAUUACAGAUUUACAUGUGUGUAUUGUAUAUUGUUAGUUCUGAAUUAGGUCUAGUAGAUCGCAUAAACGUAUAGAGUGGCGCAAUGCAAAUUUAGCUGAACUUGAACUUGAAAUAUGAAAAUUAAUGUUUUUAAUGUUUAAAAUUACAACUUUUCAAAUUUUAGAGAUACAUAUGUAUAUAAUUAUUUUGACAAUAUUUAAACAUUUUUUUUAUAAAUUUUUUAAUUAUUUGUGUUCUAAAUUUCCUUUGGUUUAAUUAAUUUAUUGUAAUGUUAGUUUAUUUUUUAACUAUUUGAUUUUUUUGUUUAAAAUAUUUCUCUUCGUCAUAUCUUUUAAUUUUAAAUUUUUCAUAUUUUUAAAUAUUUCAACUUAUGUUUUUAUGUUUCAGAUAUAACUAUUUAUUUUUUUCCUAACAUUAUCUUCAUUCACACUAUUUUUAUUUUUUUAUAUAAUUGUUUUUUUUUUUUUUUUGGGAUACACAUUUAUGAAUUUUUCUUAUUCUUAUAUAUUAAAUUAAAAUUUGUUUUUAUUGUUUUAUAUUUAUUUUUUAGUUUAUUUAUUUUUUUUUAUUUUUUUAGUAUAACAUGUAUCUACAUACCUAAGCUUUAACAGGUAAAAUAUUUUAUUUUAAAUUAUCUAAAUUUGUUACGCCACCCUGUAUGUUUGUCGCAUUGCGCACGUGGGGUGCGCGUUCAAAACCUUUUCCAUACUCAAUCGCUAAGGGUUUUUACUUCUAAAAAGACACCAGGUGUUUAUUGAAGGAAAAUUUCAUAGCUAUUACUUACAUAAGUAAAGUGGGGGAUGUAUAGGUUUUAAAAGCAUUAUGUAUACAUACAUAUAUACUAGCAUAUAAUUACCUACAUAAAUACCUAAAUUGAUAAACUGUAAAGAAAUCAUUUCUUUAGCUUAAUACUAACAGAGUGUUGAUACAUUUUUUUAAUCAUCUUAAAAAUUGCCGUUUUGCUAUUUCUUGCCUUUACACAUACACACACACAGAUACGCUCAGAACGCUUUACAAUGACAUUUUAACAUAAAAUCAUGCUCUUCUUCAAUGUGUGUCGCCGGCGUAACGAUACCGAAAUGUCCUGGAGUGAAUUUCGCCAAAUAUUUAUUUUAAUAUUGCAGUUGUUUUUGUUGUAUUCAAUAGAUAUUGAUUGCAUUAUCGCCAGAUUCUGCCUUGAUGACAAUUUUCCUGUUUUGUUAAAAAAUUUUUAUUCUAGUAAAAAUUGUUUUAAUACAUAGCAAGUUUAAUGGGAUUCAGAACCGAUUAAAAAUGGUACAAAAACAUUCAAAAAAUCGAUGUCAAAAAUUUUCAAAAAAUUUUUUCGGUAUUUCGAUACUACAAUUAAAAUCAAAAAUAAUUUUUAUCAAAUUAUUCGAAAAAUUCGAUAUUAGAAUUUCAGGAAAAGUAUGUACCAAAGUAUUAGAACAAUUUCGUUAAAAAAAUUCUAAAUUUUCAGUAUUAGAAUUUCAAAAAAAAGCUACUGCACUAUUAAAAAUUCCGGCACUUGAUUUUCGAUAAUUCGAUAUUAUGACUAUACCAUUAUAUCAACGUUAUAUCUGUGUAAAAAUUUCGUACCGAGUAUUAAAAAAAAGGGGAUUUUAAAUUUUUCGGUACUAGAAUUUCAAAACAAAAGUCACUGCACUAUUAAUCAUUUCGGCACUUGAUUUCGAUAAUUCGAUAUGAAGACUACCUUUAUAUUAACGUUAUAUUUGUGCAAAAAUUUUCAAAGGAAUUCGUAUUUUCAAAAGUUCGGUAUCAAUAUUUGUAAAUUCACGUUACUAAAAUGUUCCAAUAGAUGAACUCAGUUCUAAAAUAUUAACAAAAAGUGUUUUCAUGGCAAUCAGUCGGUCCGAGUUCCGUUUUUGACACACACACACACUCAAUACCUAUCUUUAUCAUUUCAUACACUUCAUCUAUCCACUACCGCCGACUAGUCGCCACACACGCUCAAAUCCACAUCCUUAAUAUUUAUAAUUUAACUGAUUGACUACAUAAUUUCUAGGUGUGCGCGUUGUGAUGCGUUGAAAACGAACGUUUUUGCAUAAGUACUCUAAUGUGCGGACGAUACAUACAUACAUACAUAUGUACAUACAUACAUACUUAGUUACAUUCACCUCAAAGCACAUUAAUGCAAAGCAUAAAAAAUGCAAAUGAAAGAAAUGUAAUUUUUAAAUAAAAAAGGAAAUGUUUUGAAAUACAAAAACAAAAAUAACUGGAUUGUAGAAGUGUGUGUGUAAAGUAGGAAAGAAAAAAAUUUAAAAAUGUCUGCUGUAUGUGGGAAUCGAAGCAAAUCGUGCAAGUACACAAGAGAUGCAAGCGAAGAAGUAAAUAAGAAGAAGAAGGGCAUAAGAAUGACUUAAGAAUGCAACAAAGCGCGCAGAAUAUUAGCACAGUUAUUAUUCGAAUAGAAGUAAAAAAGCAAAAAUGUACUUUUCCUUUGCAAGGAAACACAGACCGCCCUAGUAAACUAAUAUUAUUGCAUAAUUACCUAACUAGCACUGGCGCAACCGAUUCAACCAAUCAAAAAACAAAAAAAAAAACAAAAACUAAAGAAAACAGCAACAAAACAAAAAUAGCAUAAUGUAAUGUAAAAAAGCUAGAAAUAGAAGAAGAAUAA